CAGCUAGGAUCAGCGGAAGCAGCAAUGGUGAUGGCGUCGUCGAGCGGGCUGAGGAGCUGCAGCGCCGUGGGCGUGCCCAGCCUGCUGGCGCCGUCGUCCCGGUCCGGCCGCCUGGCGCCGUUCUGCGCCAACGCCACCACCUCUGGCCGCGUCACCAUGUCCGCGGAGUGGAUGCCCGGCCAGCCACGCCCUGCCCACCUCGACGGCUCCUCUCCCGGGGACUUCGGCUUCGAUCCGCUGGGCCUCGCGACCGUGCCGGAGAACUUCGAGCGGUUCAAGGAGUCAGAGGUGUACCACUGCCGCUGGGCCAUGCUUGCCGUCCCCGGGAUCCUGGUGCCGGAAGCUCUGGGCCUGGGCAACUGGGUGAAGGCGCAGGAGUGGGCGGCCGUCCCCGGCGGGCAGGCCACGUACCUGGGCGCCCCGGUGCCGUGGGGCACGCUGCCGACCAUCCUGGUGAUCGAGUUCGUGGCCAUCGCCUUCGCCGAGCACCAGCGCACCAUGGAGAAGGACCCCGAGAAGAAGAAGUACCCCGGCGGCGCCUUCGACCCGCUCGGCUUCUCCAAGGACCCCGCCAAGUUCGAGGAGUACAAGCUCAAGGAGAUCAAGAACGGCCGCCUCGCCAUGCUGGCCUUCGUCGGCUUCUGCGUCCAGCAGUCGGCGUACCCCGGCACCGGCCCGCUGGAGAACCUCGCCUCCCACCUCGCCGACCCGUGGCACAACAACAUCGGCGACAUCAUCAUCCCCAGAUCAAUCUCCCCUUGAGCUCAGCUCAGCUGCUGGUUGCUGUUUCCUGUGUACGACUAGGCCCUGCCUGUACAACGAGCGACGACGGUGACUUCCCGCCCGGAAAUUAAACCCUCGUAAUGUAAAGCUUAUGUUAUUAAGUAGCGGCUACUCUUGUAGUCUUGUCUGUAUCAAAUAUAAACUGGUUUGUUAGCUGAAUCCCAAGGUUAUUUCUGAGCCUAACCAGGGGAAAUUUAGCUCAAAACGGAGAAAAUACAUACGAGACCUUUGAUAACU